CACUUACCUCACCCCUCGCCCUCCCCUGCCUCUCUCUCUCUCUCUCUCUCUCUCUGUUUUUUAUUUUUGGCACAAACAACAAAACAGAGCAAUUAUCCAUCCAUUCAUCUCUCUAUCCUCAACCAAUUCUGUGUAAAUUUAGUCAUCUGAGCUCCGGGUUUUCUCCAGAAACUAUAAUGAUUGGUUACAGAAUCUGCAAAUCCAUCCAUUACUCUCUGUUCAUCUUAAUGCCAGAGCUAUGAUGAUGCUGCUCAUCAGGUGGUGACGGUGACCCUUUUCCAGAUCUCGGAGUAUAUAUCGCUUGUUCGAAUGUGUUGUUGACCUAAUGGGGGAGGGUUGCAGUGGGGUGGAGGUGCUUCCAUGGCUGAAAACCCUACCAGUGGCUCCCGAGUACCACCCCACACUGGACGAGUUCAGAGAUCCGAUUGCCUACAUUUUCAAGAUCGAGGCCGAAGCUUCGAGGUAUGGAAUCUGCAAGAUUGUGCCCCCUGUGGCCGCGCCCACCAAGAAAUCUGCGAUUUCGAACCUCAACAAGUCUCUCUCUGCUCGUCCUGGCUCCAAUGGCCCCACAUUCACCACCAGGCAGCAGCAGAUUGGGUUCUGUCCAAGGAAGCACAGGCCGGUGCAGAAGCCGGUCUGGCAGAGUGGGGAGUAUUACACGCUCCAGCAAUUCGAGGCGAAGGCAAAAGGGUUUGAGAAGAGUUAUGUCAAGAGGAGCUCAAAGAAGGGGCUGUCUCCUCUGGAGGUCGAGUCGCUUUACUGGAAGGCGAAUCUGGAUAAGCCGUUCUCGGUUGAGUAUGCCAAUGAUAUUCCUGGUUCUGCAUUCGCACCUAAGAAGGGGGAUUCGAGCAGGGCAGUUGGGGAGGGGGCGACGGUGGCCGAGACGGAGUGGAAUAUGAGAGGGGUUUCGAGGGCAAGAGGGUCUUUGCUCAAGUUCAUGAAGGAAGAGAUACCCGGCGUUACUUCUCCCAUGGUGUACAUUGCUAUGAUGUUCAGCUGGUUUGCCUGGCAUGUGGAGGAUCAUGACUUGCAUAGCUUGAAUUACCUGCAUACAGGUGCGGGGAAGACAUGGUAUGGCGUGCCUCGGGAUGCUGCUGUGGCAUUUGAGGAGGUGAUCCGGGUUCAUGGAUAUGGUGGAGAGGUCAAUCCUCUUGUUACAUUUGCUACCCUUGGAGAGAAGACAACUGUCAUGUCACCAGAAGUACUGCUUAAUGCUGGUGUUCCAUGCUGCAGGUUGGUGCAGGAUGUUGGAGACUUUGUUGUCACCUUUCCAAGAGCUUAUCACUCGGGGUUUAGUCAUGGUUUUAACUGUGGGGAGGCCUCUAACAUUGCUACUCCUGGAUGGUUGAGGGUUGCAAAAGAUGCUGCAAUUCGCAGGGCUUCGAUCAAUUGCCCCCCAAUGGUUUCGCACUUCCAAUUGCUCUAUGACCUAGCAAUUUCUUUAUGUUCAAGUAUGUCAAAGAAUAUUCGAGUAGAACCAAGGAGUUCUAGGCUGAAGGACAAGAAGAAGGAUGAAGGAGAAGCACUGGUCAAGGACUUUUUUAUUCAGGAUUUAAAGCAAACUAAUUCUCUUCUUCACACUCUUGGAGGAGGAUCUUCAGUUGUACUUCUUCCUAGGAAUUCUACAAAUUUACAAGGAUCCCCGCUUAAGAUAAAGCCUGAGAACUCUUCCAGUGUAGGCUUUAUACAUCACGAGGUGAAACCUACAAAAGAUUCAGGCUUUGAAAAUGUGUCAUUAGGCAGGAAACAGAGACCAAAACAAACACCAGGUGUCCUUUCAAAUAGAGGAAAAUCUUCUCCAUUAUGUGAAAGUAGUAGGCUUACUAUUUGUGACAAAGAUUAUAAUGUCCAAUCAUCUAAUGGGAACGCUAAUACAACUAGUCAAAGAGCUUAUAACUGUGAUAGGUCAUCAGAUCAUGGGCUGUUUUCGUGUGUGACUUGUGGGAUACUGUGUUACACUUGUGUUGCCAUUGUUCAACCGACAGAUGAGGCUGCUCAUUGCCUGAUCUCUGCUGAUUGUGAAAGCAUAUUACAAUUGAGAGCAGCUGAGUCUGGGACCCCAGCUGUGGAUGGGGAUACCGAUGUGUCCACGUUAGGUUCAUCUUCAGGAUUGAUGGUAAGGAUGGCACAAGAUGAUAUUUUUGAUGCCCCUACAAAAUCGACUAGUCAAACAGAAGUUUUUAGUGACGAAAGAGGAGUGGUUUCUACUACUGGAACACACAAAGACAGUUCUUCCCUUGGUCUGUUGGCUUCAACGUAUGGUGAUUCUUCAGACUCAGAGGCUGAAGCUGAUGCUCCUGUCAAUGAUUGUGAUGGAAAAUCUAUGGUUUGUUCAUCACAAGUUAAAGCUGAUGUAAUCCCUCUCCAUUUUGUUCUUGACCCUUAUGCUGAUCACAGGGUGAGGAGAACCAAUCAUGAUGGUGGAAAUCGUUGCAGUUUUGGCAGUUCGGUUGAUGCUAAAACAGAUGCUGAUAAUAACAAUACCGCAUCAAUAUUGUCAGAUAUUUCACAAAAUAGAUUGGGAGAUCGCGUGAGACCACAAGAAGCUGGGCCGAAUUGUACCCAGUUUCCCCAUAAGCCAGGAGUUGUGAAGAAUGCUCAUGUGUCCUUCAGUGAUGUAUCCAUGCAAUCUGAUGAAGAUUCAUCCAGGAUGCAUGUUUUCUGUCUCCAACAUGCUGUGGAAGUGGAAAAAAAGCUCCGUCCGGUAGGUGGGGCCCACAUUUCUCUUUUUUGUCAUCCAGAUUAUCCCCAACUAGAAGCUGAAGCAAGAAAGUUGGCGGGGGAUUGUGGAAGUGAUUACAUCUGGAGCCAGAAUUCAUUCCACGAAGCAACCGUAGGUGAUAAGAAGCUAAUCCGGUCAGCUUUAGAGAGUCAAGAAGCCAUACACGGGAACGGGGAUUGGGCUGUGAAAUUGGGAAUCAAUCUCUUCCACAGUGCCAGUCUCAGUCGCUCAACUCUCUACUGCAAGCAGAUGGCUUUUAACUCUGUCAUCUACACUGCAUUCGGACGCAGUAGUAGCUCUCAAGCGGUCGCCCCGGAGAACGAUAUGGUGGGCCCCACAAAGCAUAAGAAAGUAUCCGUCGCUGGAAAAUGGUGCGGGAAAUUCUGGAUGUCUAACCAGGUCCAUCCUCUCCUCUCCCACAUGGCUUCUGACCAACCAGAUCUACAAACCAAUCCUGCUGCCCGGUUCGUUCCUGACCGAAAGCCUAUUCUUCUAUCGCUGGAAGGUAAACAUACCCCACCAGAAACCGCUGCUCCCACUUUCAGGAAAAAGAGGAAAUCUGCAGUAAUGGAAAACGGCAGGUUCCUUGCAAAUGAUCAUCCUGAUGAAAAACCAAUGCCUAAUCAUAAAAGAAAACAGGUUAAGAAAGAGCCGUACGAUGAACCUCAAAAGAUUAUUACCAAGAACGAAGGGGUCGAUGUUCUUGUUAAACAUGACGAGGUAGAAGGUGGGCCCAGCACACGUCUCAGAAGAAGAAUCUCAAAACCAGUUGAAGAUUCAGAAACCGAACCUAUCAAAGCAAAGCCUACGUCGAAGGCGACGAAACGCAAGAAAGUGCCCUCAAUGAAGAAGGUUCCAGAUGGUAACAAUAGCAGCACAAAGAGAAAAGCUAUUAAUAAAAGGAGCGCGACAGACGAGGAAGUAAUGGGAGAACAUUUGUGUGACUUUGAAGGCUGCAACAUGAGUUUCAGGUCAAAGCAAGAACUCCAAUUGCACAAGAAGAACAUAUGCCCUGUGAAGGGGUGUGGGAAGAACUUCUUUUCCCACAAGUAUCUGGUGCAACACCGGCGUGUCCACCUGGACGAGCGCCCCUUGAAGUGUCCUUGGAAAGGGUGCAAGAUGACUUUCAAGUGGGCCUGGGCCCGCACGGAACACAUAAGGGUCCACACCGGUGCGCGCCCCUACCUCUGCACCGAAACGGGCUGCGGCCAGACGUUUCGGUUCGUGUCGGAUUUCAGUCGCCACAAGCGGAAAACCGGCCACACCUCAAACAAGUGAAGAAGAGAGGAAAACAAAGGUAAAUUGUUAUUAUAACUUGGCUGAUUGUGAAAUUGUUGUUCAGUUAACAGAAAUAGGGUGUAGGUUUAGGAUUGAGAAAUCCCCUUUGUAAUUUCUCCAUUUGGUAGUUUGGUACACAGAGACAUUUUCUUUUAUCAUCAGGUCCAAACAUUGGUUUCAGCUAGGCCAAUUUCUUCAUUAUGUUAGGGGAAAAAAUGGCCCAACAAAAGGAAUCUAACAUUUGAAUUCAAGUCUUGGGUUGGUA